CUGAGUGCAGUGCUGCACCCAGGAGUGAAUGUCUAGGAAGAGCAAGCAUCUACCCCUCGCAGAGAAGAACUGUCCAGAGGUGCAGAGGGAAACGCUGAUAAAUGUUUGUGCAAACAGAAAACUUUACCUCUUGUAUUCAGGAGCUCCGCCCACUACAGUCAGAAGCCACAGAGCCUGUGUGUGGUGGUGGAUUAGGCAUUUGCAUAGAAGAGUACUAGUCCUGCUGCAUCAGCCAUGGGGCUCAAACUCAGGGAGAAAGCUGCUUCCUUCUUCUUUGAAUAUGACACUCCUCGGAUGGUGCUUGUGCAGAACAAGAAAGUGGGACUCAUCUUCCGGCUGAUCCAGCUCGUGGUGCUUGGAUACAUCAUAGGGUGGGUUUUCCUCUAUGAGAAGGGCUAUCAGUCAGAGGAUGGCAUCAUCAGCUCGGUCUCGGUGAAGCUGAAAGGUUUAACCGUUACUAACAUUAGUGGGAUGGGCCCACGCGUCUGGGAUGUGGCUGACUAUGUUUUUCCACCUCAGGGGGACAGUUCUUUUGUGGUGAUGACGAAUGUCAUUAUCACCCAUGGACAGAAGCAGGAUAUUUGCCCUGAGCUGCCAGAUGCUGGAGAAUGCAAUAAUGACAGCGAUUGUACCCAAGGGAAGUACAGUCGCCAAGGGCAAGGAAUCAUGACUGGGAAGUGUGUCAAUUUCAACAGCGAUGACAAGACCUGUGAGAUUUUUGGCUGGUGCCCAGUAGAAGAAGAUGAUCAGAUUCCUAAAGCUGCUCCAAAUCCAUCCCAGAGUCUUCCAGACAUUCUCGCAAAGGUUCUUCCCCUUUCAGGCCCCCCGUUGCUCUUAGAAGCGGAAAACUUUACCUUAUUUAUUAAGAACAGCAUCACCUUCCCCAAGUUUAAAGUCUCCAGACGCAACCUGGUGGAGAGCAUUACCUCGAGCGAUCUGAAAAAAUGCACCUAUCACAAAAUACAUGAUCCCCUUUGCCCUGUGUUUGAGCUGGGAUACAUCGUGAAGGAGUCGGGACAAGAUUUUCGUGUUUUGGCCCUUAAGGGUGGAGUUGUCGGUAUCACCAUAGACUGGAAUUGUGACCUUGAUUGGCCUGUGACAUACUGUAAACCUCUUUAUGAGUUUCACGGACUUUAUAAUGAUGACAAUAAUGUUUCACCAGGCUUCAACUUCAGGUAUGCCAAAUACUACAGAGAUAAUGGAACAGACUACAGGACUUUGUACAAGGUGUUUGGAAUCCGGUUUGACAUUCUGGUGAAUGGAAAGGCAGGUAAAUUUGACAUCAUCCCUACGAUGACCACAAUAGGCUCCGGAAUUGGUAUAUUUGGCGUGGCAUCGGUGGUGUGUGACCUGGUCCUGCUGCACUUUCUCCCAAAACGGGAUUAUUACAAACAGAGGAAAUUCAAAUACGCAGAAAUGAAGCCUUCCGGGCCUGAAAAAGAAGAUGCUGCCCCUUCCUCCACGUACAAUCUGCAGAACAACAUGACGGACUCUCAGUGAAAUGGCCUGCACUGAAAGAAGAACCUGCAUCCUCUUCAUCUUCUGAUAUGUUUUCACUGCCCCUGGUUCAUCAAGCUGUCAACAACCAAAGGCCAACUGAACUCACCAUUUUGUACCUUAGACUGAGUCUUCCUAGGAUGAUACAUCGGGUCUGUUUUUCAGCUGGCUCUGUGUCAGGAUAGGAGCACGUACCUUCAUGAGCCCACGCAAAAAGGGAGUGGAAGGCUGGUGCAGAUGGUGCUGAUUUACUCACUGCUAUAGACACUGACUAGUUUUAACGAAACGAUUCUGACAUAGGGGAUCCUCCCGGUCUUCACUCUAAGAAAAGAGAUGUAUGGAGCCCCAUUCAGUUAAAGCACAGAGGGACUUUUUCAUUGCUUUGUUUUUGUUUUUUAAAGGCCUUCUCAAAUGCUCCCUUCUUUGGGCCACAUCACAUAGACAGAGGGAGAGAGGUUAGGCCAAAACGAAUGUUGAGUCUAAAACAACCGUGGGGAGACCCAAACAGUACUGAUUACAUCGCACUCUUGACCCCGGUGGGGGGCUGGCGUGGCCCGAGAAGGCCACAAGCUUUUAAGGUACAAGCUUUUUUCCUCAGAACCCACUUGAAGAAAAUUGUGGAUUCCUGCGACCCAACAUAAUUUGGCUGGAGUGUGGGCUCCAGAGUGGGACUGAGGAAGAGAGUUUGGGGAUGGAGGUGGAGACUCAGGUUUUGGAGGGAGGGGUGUCAGGGCUGGGGCAGGAGGGGUUUACCUUGAGCGGUUCCCAGACAGUGGGGGUGCUAAGGUAGCAUCCUGCCUCUCUUGGCCCUGUAGACCAUGCUGCACCCCAGAAGAAGCCAGCGGCAAGUUCCUAGCUCAUGGGAGUGCAGAGCUAGUGCUCAGGGCGGGGGCAGUACACAGAGCCCUGUGCGCUCUUCUCCCACCCCUAGAGCUGGGCCUGUUGCUGGAAGCUUUUGGAGCACAGCAUGGUCUGCGGUGCCAGGACAGGCAGGUCGCUGCCUUAUCCUCCCCACUGCUCACCUGAUCUCCCUGCAGCAACGAGCUUCGGGACCUGACAUUCCACUACUCAGUACUUGGGCGCGACCCGUCGUUUGAAACCCACUGCAAUAAGGCACCCACCCAUUGAGUCUAAUGAGAUCACAGCAGACAGGUCUAGUUGCGACUAGACCUUCUGUGGUUUAUUAAAUGCACAGAGGCUGUUUAGAGCUAUGCCUUGGAUUAGCCUAAGCUUUGCCUCCUUUGUUGGGACUUCGUUAGCCCUGGCUAAGCUACUGUCCGGUCGGAGGACCUCGUCCUGCUGAGGACUGCACUGUUCUUCUUGGUCAAUUAGAGCACUUGGUAAUUAUCUGUGGUGGAAAAAUGGUUAUUUUGUAAUAAUGUAUUUUAUUAAAAAAUAAACCUCUA